UCAGCAAGACACUAAACCCAUCUGAAAAUUUUGAGAGCAAACAGAAGUUAUCGAAUAUGCGAGAGAUAGUUAGAAGUACAGUUUGGAUCUUAUUAUUAUGUGGGUCAGUUUCAUUUUCUUCUGGAAAAGAAACCCAGUUCAAAGUAGAUGGCAAAGUAAUAGAGCUUGACGAAUCAAACUUUGAAUCAGCAAUCUCAGCCUUUGACUUGAUCUUGGUCGAUUUUUACGCUCCCUGGUGCGGCCACUGCAAGCGCCUCGCUCCUCAGUUAGAUGCAGCUGCCCCUGUUCUUGCUGGAUUGAAGGACCCCAUUGUUAUUGCUAAAGUAAAUGCGGAUAAGUAUACUGGCCUUGCUCGUAAAUAUGAGAUUGAUGCAUUUCCGUCGCUCAAGAUAUUUAUGCAUGGCAUUCCCACGGAAUAUUAUGGGCCAAGACAGCCAGAUUUGCUUAUCCGUUAUCUCAAAAAGUUUGUUGCUCCUAAUGUUACCAUUCUUAAUUCGGAUGCUGAGAUCAAAGAUUUUUUUGAUAAUGCUGGUACUUUCUUUCCUAUAUAUAUUGGAUUUGGCUUGGGUGAGUCAAUCAUAUCUGACUUAGCCCUAAAGUAUAAGAAGAAGGCAUGGUUUGCUGUGACAAAGGAUUUCUCUGAGGAUAUGAUGGUGUUGUAUGAUUUUGACAAAGCUCCAGCGCUGGUUGCUAUUCAGCCAACUUACAACGAACGCAAUAUCUUUUAUGGCCCCUUUGAAGAUGAAUUUUUGGAGGAAUUUAUAAAACAAAAUUUUCUUCCUCUAUCUGUGCCUAUAAACCACGACACACUGAAGUUGCUGAAAGAUGAUAAAAGGAAAAUUGUUCUGACAUUGGUGGAGGAUGAGGCUGAUGAGAAGUCAGAGAAAUUGAUCAAGCUGUUGAAGGCUGCUGCUUCUGCAAAUCGUGACUUAGUUUUUGCAUAUGUUGGAAUUAAACAGUGGGGAGACUUUGCUGAUACAUUUGGCGUCAAUAAGAAGUCAAAAUUGCCAAAAAUGAUUGUUUGGGAUGGCGACGAGGAGUACUUAACUGUUAUCGAUUCCGAAAUUAUUGAUGAUGGAGACCAGGGAUCUCAAAUUUCACAUUUCCUUGAAGGCUAUAGAGAAGGACGGACCGAACAGAAAAAGAUUGCUGGUCCAUCACUGAUUGGCUUCAUCAAUUCACUUAUUGGCCUUAAAACUGUGUACAUCAUUGUAUUUCUUGUGGCAAUGCUGAUGCUUAUCAGAAGCCUUGGCCAAGAAGACGUACCUCCUAUUGGUGUUAGACCCCAGACCGACGAGGUCGAUGCCCCAAGGGAUGAGUAUGGACCUGAAGACAAGGAAGAUUAGGGUAGGCUUCUGCUUGCCUUAUUUCAAACAAGAGUCAUUUUGAUACAAAAUUAUUUUAUGGAUGAAAAUGUUAAGAGUUGAGCAUAUAUUCCUUUCCUUGCUUUUUCGUUAUCAUGCAUUUCUUUCAAGAACCCUUUUGCACCCAUGUUAAUUUAUGUAGAAAAUUAACUAGUCAGUUUAAGUAGUGGUGUAUAAAGCUUCAUUUUCAUCUGUCUUUUGAUAACAACAUAAGAAGUCUGUUGAUUCAGGGUUUCUGAACUCAUUUUAUCUCCUAAAUUUUCUUGGUUUCUGAA